UUUCCACAUUUUUUUUCUCAUGUAUAAUGAAAGAAUUUGGAGUUUUAUUGGGAAUGAUUGUCAUUUAACUGCAGUGACUGCGAUCUUGGGUGUCCUAAUUGCCAUCAAUGAACACAUAAUUGAUACCGCCCCAUCUCAGAUCCACACUGGUCAUCCUGAUCCUUCUACAUUUCCUUAUUCGUUAUGCAUAUCUGCACUGAAGGACUUGGAAACACUCGUUGAAGUCGUAGCACAACAUAACUAUGGUGAUACUAAGAAGUGGGACUUCAUUGCAGCUACAGAGGCUAUUAAGUUUUUGGGUAGGUUAGCCUUGUUUCGGAAUAGUGGCUAUAAGAUGCUUCUACAUGGCAAAGAGAUUCCAUAUGCUAAGAAGCCAUCAGAAGUUUCCUCCUCACAGUCCAGAGCAGGACCAAACCCCCUAGGAGGCAAGGCCGGUUCGAGAAGGUCGCGACAAGGAGAUUUCAGAAAACCUGGAUUUUAUAGCGGGCCUGGUUCUUUCAGGAAUAGCUUUGGGCAGAAUGGGUGGAAUCUGGAAGGAAGAGCACUGUCGGCGUUAAGCAGAUUUGGAGAGAAUGCGGGAAUGGUUUCUGACCCAGCGUGGUUGCGCAGGGUGCAGCAACAAAAUUCUAUUAUGGAAUCUCUCGCUCCAAAGGCAGAGAAAUCAACAUUGUCAUCUAUUUUGUCCGGGAAGGGUGUUCAUGGAUCUUUACAUCUCAUGGGGGAAAUCCUAUUUAUCGCAAGGCUGUUAAUCUAUGUUUUGUUAAAGUAUGGAAGUCGGUCCUGGACUCCUUGGCUUCUUUCGCUGUCCAUGACUGUGGUUGGCAUCGGCAUCUUUUCUCAAGUUACUUUGUCUGGGUGGGGCAGUAAAGACCACACGUCUCAGUACACCACUUCAGUAAAAUUGAAAAGAAGAAAGGUACUCUGGGCACUCUACCUCAUGAGAGAUCCAUUUUUUAGCAAAUACACAAGGGAAAGGCUCGACAAAGCAGAGAAACUGUUGGAACUUGUUCCCCUUUUUGGGGCUCUUACAGCUAAAGUCAUAGAGCUGAUUGUCGGAGCCCAAACACGGUAUACGUACAUGUCGGGCUCAUAAGAGUGAAGCCUUAGAAAACUGUGCUACACUUUUGAGUAGCCACACCCACCAGAAAUAGAAUAAAGAACUGUAUCCACUAUCCUCAUGAGUUGCUAGAAGUUGAGGGACGAUGUCUCGGUGACAAAAAUUGACAUGUUGAUGUUUUUGGAAAAUAACACGAUAACUGGUGAAGUUCUGCUGCAGAUCCCCAAAUGUACACUGGUUUCUUGAUUUUGUUGGAAACAGAUUUGCUUCUAGCUUGGAUUGCAUCUGGAAGGAAGUUCUCAUGUCGGGGUUCAAUCAUGUUCACUUUUCUUGGGCGGUUGAGGAAGAAAAUCUCGUAUGCCCUUUACUUUCUGCUGUCUACUAAUUCUUCUUCCCUUUUGCUUCUUUCCUUGUUUCUUUUUAAGCCAAGCCCUUUGUUUAGAUCCUUGCGUACAGAAGAAUAUUGCAGUCAGUUUGAUAAUGGUCGAAUGACAUUGUUUCUUCUGUUCAAAUGAAGGAAUCCUUUAGGUGUGAGAAAGUGGAUUUUGUUAUA